AUAAAUUUCUUGGUACUAGUUGGUACAUGAGAUUUCUACCGUAAUAGUCAAAUCACAAAAUAUGAUGACAAAAUCAUAUUAGAUGAAUGCUAGGAACACGUUGCGCGAAGCCAUCGACUCACUAUACAAACACGGCCGAGCAACCACGGAAACAUACACUCGUCUCGUGCUUGACUGUGUUCGACAAAAUGACAUUCAACAAGCUAAGAGAUUACAAUCUCACAUGGACAUUCACUUGGAGCAACCCACGACCACUUUUGUACAUAAUCGUCUUCUUCAGUUUUAUGCGAAAUCUGGGUAUCUGUCAGAUGCACGCAACCUGUUUGAUAGAAUGUCCCAUAGAGACAUCUUCACUUACAAUGCUAUGCUUUCUGGGUAUUGUAAGUUGGGUUCUGUUGACGAGUUAAAAGCGUUUUUUGAUGGAAUGCCUUGUCGUGAUUCGGUUUCUUAUAAUACGGUUAUUUCGGGGUUAGCUUCGAGUGGUUGUUGCAACGAGGCCUUGAAGGUUUUUGUUAGAAUGCAGAAAGAAGGGUUUGAGUUUACGGAUUAUACGCUUGUGAGUGUGUUGAACGUGUGUUCAAUGGUGAUGGAUUUGAGGCGUGGGAAAGAAAUUCACGGGAGGAUUUUGGUUGAUGGUUUUGGAGGGAAUGUGUUUGUGUGGAAUACUUUGGUUGAUAUGUAUGCUAAGUGUGGUCAUAUUGAUCAGGCUCGGUGGUUGUUUAAUCGAAUGGUGAAUAAGAAUGUAGUUUCUUGGAAUUUGAUGAUUUCGGGUUAUAUGAAACAUGGAAAACCUGAUGAAUGUAUUGGUUUAUUUCGGGAUAUGAAGGUGUCUGGUUUAAGGCCUGAUCAGGUUACGAUUUCAAAUAUUCUAGGAGCUUUCUUGCGAAUUGGAAAUAUGGAUGAAGCAGAGAAACUUUUUGCGGAGAUUAAGGAGAAGGACAAGGUCUCCUGGACAACAAUGAUUGCUGGUUAUGUGCAAAAUAAUAUGGAAGAAGAUGCUCUAAUAUUGUUUGGUCAGAUGCUAUCAGAGAAUAUAAAAGCUGAUAAGUUUACUAUCUCUAUUAUUGUAAGCUGUUGUGCUAGACUGGCCUCUUUGUAUCAUGGUCAGGCAGUUCAUGGAAAAGCUGUUCAUAUGGGGGUUGAUAAAGAUUUGCUAGUCUCCAGCACUCUCGUUGAUAUGUAUUCUAAAUGUGGAGAGACUACAGAUGCUUGGACUAUUUUUACAGCAAUGCCGUGUAAAAAUGUUAUCUCUUGGAAUUCCAUGAUAAUAGGGUAUGCGCACAAUGGAAUGGAUAUAACAGCCCUAGACCUCUAUGAAGAAAUGAUGCACCAGAAUCUGAAGCCAGAUUAUGUUACUUUUGUUGGUGUUCUGUCUGCAUGUAUGCAUGCAGGGUUAACAGAGGAAGGCCAGAGGUACUUCAAUUCCAUCAGAGGAUUGCAUGGAAUGACACCAACUUUGGAUCACUAUGCAUGCAUAAUCAAUCUCCUUGGUCGAUCAGGUCGUAUUGACAAAGCCGUUGCUCUAAUUGAAGACAUGGAACAUACCCCAAACAGCCUCAUUUGGUCUACCCUUUUAUCUGUUUGUAAGAUGUGUGGUGAUAUUAAAAAUGGGGAGAUAGCAGCAAAACAUCUCAUUGAAUUAGACCCAUUUAAUGCUGAACCAUAUGUAAUGCUCUCCAACAUGUAUGCCACUGAUGGAAGAUGGAAGGAUGUUGCAGCGAUUAGAUCGCUAAUGAAAAACAAGAAAGUUAAAAAGUUUGCAGCCUACAGUUGGAUUGAGAGUGGUGGUAAGUUUUAUAAGUUUGUAUCAGAAGAUCGAAGUCAUCCUGAAUCAAAAGCCAUUUAUCUACAGUUGAACGAACUGGUACGCAAGCUACAAGAAUCUGGCUUUAUUCCUGAUAAAAGCUUGGUUCUGCACAAUGUCGGCGAAGAUGAGAAAUUCGAAGCAAUAUGCUACCACAGUGAGAAAUUAGCUCUUGCAUUUGGAUUGAUUAAAAAUCCCCAAGGAAAACUACCCAUAAGGAUAUUGAAGAAUAUACGUGUUUGCAGCGACUGCCAUGCCUUUAUGAAGUUUGUGUCUAACAUUAUUGAACGACCAAUCAUUUUGAGGGAUUCCAAUCGAUUUCAUCAUUUUGUUGGAGGACACUGCUCUUGCAAGGACCUAUGGUGAUGCCUCAGAGUCUACUAGAACAAAAAAAAUUUCAGAAAAUAGUAAAACAUACCAGCAUUCCAAAGUGCAGUGCACUUUAUCAGCUUCUAGCAUUUUGUGGUUGUGCAGCUAGCCACUCUAAAUUUCCCUCGGGUGUUUCCACUGGACUUGAAAUUCACCUAGUUGGGAACCGAUGGCAGAAUCAUUUGAGAUGCAUUGACAAGAAAAAUUCUUGAUUACACCUCAAGUCCAUGCAGAUAAAUAUUUCUAUCUACUCCUUGAAAAUCUUCCUCAUAACAUAAGCAUCCUCCCCAUCCGCAUAAUACUUGCCCUCCGAAUCAUAAACUCCGUGUACAGAUUAAACGCAGGCUGAUUGCUCUCCAGGACAUGCAACGAAACAUACUCCGUGCCAAACACAUGUUCCAUCGCGCUAUGAGCAGCCAUCAUCAGCUUAGUAGGAAGACGAAGUUUUCGAUGACUUCUGAGAAAAGCUAAAGAAGUGAUAUGACCGUGACACUCGGAUGUUGCUUCUUCUUCCAUUUCGGCUGAGACAUAUCCCACUAUCUUGCCGUUGUAGUCUUCUGCAACAUAGAGGAGCUGCCGCCAAGAAAUGAUGUGGUACAAGUAGAUUUGAAGCUGGUAAUUCCCCGGCAAACAGAAUAGAUUGCAUGCUUGCAUGGCUAAGAGGUCGUUGAUGGUGGCUCAUCGUAUGCACACCAUGUUUUUACAAGCUUGAGUUAGAUGCUGUUUUAUUGACUAAUCUUAGGCCGCCAGCUCUACCUGCUAAGAGUCUGUUUUGGAGUACUUUAAAAAAAUUGCUGGUGUAGAAAUCAGUUUGCUGUUUUAUAUAUAUAUUUUUUGAUAUUUAUAUAUUUUGAUUUUUGAGUUAUCAUAUGAAAAUUUAUUUUUUAUGA